AUUAAUCCGCCUGGAUGCAUCAAUCCCGGCAUGCGCUUAUGGCUAACUUAUAGACUAUAAAAUAGCAUCGUUCUAGCAUGCGGCCUCGCAGUUGCUUUUGUUCGCUUUCCAUUUACACAUACCUACCAAUAAUUAACAUGUCUACAAGCGCACUGUUCGCCGUGACCUUUGUGUGCGUGUUUGUCGCGUUGUGCGCUCAGGAUGUGGACUAUCCGGAUACCGCGCGCGAAGUAUGGAGAAAUGGUGAGGAUUUGACGGCGUUGACGGGAUCGCGCGGGGGUGCGUUGGUCAGUUAUGCAGCGCCGAGAACAGAGGAUGACGGAUGGUCUAAUGACGAUGGGGUGGAGGUGUACGCUGUGCGACCGCGCCAUCUUUUUGCCCGACAGGCCAGCCGAUCAAAGCGUUUCUUCUCCAUUGCCUCACCCACCGACCGGUUCCGUUCACGCUAUUUCCGGUCAACACCCAAGCCCAACGCUCCCUUCAGUGCCAUGGCGCUCCUUACCGGCAUCGCAGAAUGACAGUGCUCUUUACACCUAUGUAUUACACCUACGUAUUUCGCGUCGAAAUACAAUUAAUAGAUCUCUUGAGACUGUAUAGGAAAUUAAGAACAAUCAAUUUGCGUUUGUACGUAUGGGUAUAUUGUGUGGCUGUAAUCGUUUUGGGACAGCUGUGCAAUGUGCUGCGCUCUUUACAGCCUUGGUCUUUGGGUUAGCAUUUAGUAAACAGUCGAAGAUGCGGUGGAAUUGUGGCUUUGGUUUGCUUAUUAUGAAAGAACUAAAUUUAUUUCACGUAUGAGUCGGCAACUGUAUUUGACAAAGAAAACUUCAAUAA